GCGUUCGUCAGAGAUUGUGUGGGGACAUCGAUGUGAACGAGCCGAGGUUUUUCCACUUGAAUGUAACAGCUAGCGUGAUGAGGCUAAGCUAGCUGUCAGCCAGGCAUCCACGGGUUUUGCUGCCGAGUUAGCUUCCGGAUGCUCCCGGUCGUAUCCUACUGGCCGUCUUGACAUUCCCUCAACAUUGCUGGACGAAUUCGUGUCGACUGACCAGAGUCCGCGAAUUCAGGUCCAUCCCCGAUCUAACCUUUCCCCGCUUGCGUCACUUAGCUUGCCGGCUAACCGAGAACCGAACUGACGAGAGCUCCACUUAAGGACCACACCCAGACAAGAUGUCCCUUCAUCAGUUUCUGUUGGAACCCAUCACCUGCCACGCGUGGAACAGCGACAGGACACAAAUUGCCAUCAGUCCAAACAACCAUGAAGUCCAUAUCUACAAGAAGAGCGGUAACCAGUGGGUUAAGACCCAUGAACUGAAGGAGCAUAAUGGACACAUAACAGGAAUUGACUGGGCUCCCAAAAGUGACCGUAUAGUGACAUGUGGAGCAGACCGUAAUGCCUAUGUGUGGUCGCAGAAGGAGGGCGUAUGGAAGCCCACCCUGGUCAUCCUCAGGAUCAACCGAGCUGCCACCUUCGUCAAGUGGUCUCCACUGGAGAACAAGUUUGCCGUUGGAAGUGGUGCUCGACUCAUCUCUGUCUGCUACUUCGAGUCUGAGAACGACUGGUGGGUGAGCAAGCACAUCAAGAAGCCAGUCCGCUCCACCAUCCUCAGCCUGGACUGGCAUCCCAACAACAUCCUGCUGGCGGCUGGAUCCUGUGACUUUAAAUGCAGGGUGUUCUCAGCCUACAUUAAGGAGGUUGAGGAGAAACCAGGCCCCACACCCUGGGGCAGCAAGAUGCCAUUUGGGGCUGUGCUAGCAGAGUUCGGAGGAGCAGGUGGAGGGGGUUGGGUCCACUCAGUCUCUUUCUCAGCCUCUGGUAACCGACUGGCCUGGGUCAGCCAUGACAGCACCGUCACUGUGGUGGACAGCUCUAAGACUGCCAGUCCUUCACAGCUGAAGACGGAGUUGCUUCCUCUCCUCAGUGUCAUGUUUGUUUCAGAGAACAGUCUAGUAGCUGCGGGCCACGACUGUUGCCCCAUGCUGUUCCGUUGCGACGAUGGUGGAGUGCUGACAUUUGUGUCAAAGCUCGACCUCCCGAAGCAGAGCAUCCAGAGGAACAUCUCCGCCAUGGAGCGCUUCAGGAACAUGGACAAGAGAGCCACCACCGAGGACCGCAACACUGCGCUGGACACACUGCACCAGAACAGCAUCACCCAAGUGUCUAUCUAUGAAGGAGACAAAAAGGAUUGUCGCAAGUUCUGCACCACAGGUAUCGAUGGGGCAAUGACCAUUUGGGACUUCAAGAGUCUAGAAGCAUCUAUCCAGGGUCUCCGCAUCAUGUGAAGAAGCCUUGUAAAUGAAUGAAGAAAAUGCAGCAGGCCUCACCCCCCCCCCCCGCGCCGCUCCUGCGACACAGCCAGUAACACAAAUAACUGACCCCCUAAUCGAGUGUCUGCUAAAGCACUGAUCAGAACACAACACACUUUUUUGGGUGUGCCAACACUCUCACGCACACACACUUAAGUACACACACACAUACACUACACACACACUGAGCUGACGUGUGACAUCACUGUUGAUUUUUUUGUUUGUUUGUUUUUAAAUGAAGGUUAACCAAGUGUCAAAGUGGGAAGGUCCCCUGACACGUAUUCAAACGUGAAGUGAAAUGUGUGUUUUUAUGUUCUCUAACCUCCUGUACCAAAAGUUGACACUAAAAGGUGCGUUUUAUCCAAAAGUCAGACUGCAUUUAACCUCAGAUCAACCUCAACGUGAUCUCUGAACAUCAAUGUUUAGUAGAACGGAGGACGUGAUGAUUUGCUUCCUGGAGGAGAGUAAAUAUUCUCCAGCAGGUGAAGUCAUUGUUUAGAUUAGGACCCGGGUUAUUGAUGUUCUGAGGUCACGUUGCAGGUUGGCUGUAGAGAUGUGCAGCGUCUGACGGUGGAGAGAGAAAGCAGCUGUCUAAACUCUGUGCGGAGUCACGGCCGAACAGCACUUUGCUCUGUGGCUACUUCACUAAAACCACACAAGAUGGAGGAUUUCUAUGUAACUGAUCAUGAGGUAGACAUGAAAUAAAGAUGAAGUCAAUUUACAGAACUCAA